AUGUCACUCUUCAGCAUCGACGCGAUUGUUGUUUUGCUGAAAUGGACCAUCCUCAAUCCACUCGUCAGCAUCGCCUAUCUGGUCGCCUUGGCUUGCGACUUGCACAGUUGCAAGACUGCCAAUGAACAGCUCCGACAAUGCAUCCGCCUCGUCAGCAAGCUGCUUCCCACUCAUGUGCCGCAAAGGCUCUGCACAGCCGCUGCUGCGACCACGGUGCUGUUCGGCUGGUGGCUUGUCGUAUCCUCUCACAUUUGGUACAAUCGCGCCUAUCUCUCGCCUAUUCGCAAGAAAGAGUGGCAGAACGAGCUGGUUGUAAUUACAGGUGGUGCUUCCGGUAUCGGCUAUCGUACAGCCAUCCGCUUUGCGGCAAAAGGUGCUAAAGUCGUAGUUAUCGACAUACAGAAGCUAUCCACCCUGCCAAAUUCACAAAGUACCGAGGCGUCUGCACGGCCAAACAUCUCGGCCUACAUCUGUGACCUCGCCAACGACGAUGCGCUGGCCAAAGUACUCAAAUCGAUCCUUGCCAUUCACGGUGUGCCUACUGUGGUGAUGAACAAUGCCGGCCUCACGCAUUCGCAGCCCAUCACUUCCCUGUCGGCCGGUCAACUCUCGCGUCUUAUCAACGUCAAUCUCACCUCGCAUCUGUGGAUGCUCCAACAUUUGCUUCCGAGCAUGGUGCAACGCGCCAAGCAAGACGGUCGCGCAGGACACAUUGUUUCGACGGCAUCGGUCAUGGGUCACACGGGCGUGUCGCAGAUGAUUGACUACUGUGCUUCCAAGCACGGCGUUGUCGGUCUGCACAAGGCAUUGAGGUACGAGCUCGACUACUGUCAUCGAUGUCCACAGAUCAGGACCACCCUGUUGGUGCUCGGCCAUGUAAAAACACGGCUGUUUGAUGGAUUCAAAGUCAACCUGAUAGCUCGCUUCCUCGGUCCUUCCGUUGAGCCAGAUGACGUGGCCAAGAGGGUGGUAUCUGCGGUGCAGAGCCGACGCGGAGGCACUAUUGCGCUGCCGUGGUACGCAAACUGGUCCGAGUUAUUUGCGCUUCUGCCCAGCUGGGCUACUGACUUUUCGCACUGGUUGCUAGGGUCCAAUACGAGCAUGGACGAUAUGAUGAAAGCUCGUCAAAAGCAGCAAUGA